CCUUUUCACGUAUGCCGUGUCGAUAGCUCACGAGACGACUAAGUCCCGUGAUGACACACAUCAACAAUAUGUUUCGAUAAAAGGAGGAUCACUUUAUGUUUUUGCAUAGGCAAGUCGAAAUAAUAAUUUUUUCUUGCUUCUUAAAAAGAUUAUAUAUGUACAAAAUACCGCGAGCAUAGGUUCCGCCACUCUAUAUAUUAUUAUACCAGAUUUAUAUAGUGCCCUUUUCAUGAUCAUAAACACAUGCAAAGGCGUUUUACAUUAUAGCAAACGCAGCCACACAGGGCACGAAAUUCAUCCUCUACUAGUACAGACACAGAGCGAUCUGACCAGAGGGACAGAGUGAGAUAAAGCCCCCGGAACAGAUAGAGAGAAAUUCUUUUUUAGAUACAGGCCUGUCCGGCUAACUUAGCCUAGCUCUUUGCGAAUAGACAGUCUGGUUCUUUAACGUGUCCGGUGUAUAGCACCGAUACACACGAAGCCGUCUUUCCUGGGAAGAACAAGUACAGGCCUCUUUAAAAAGUUAGAUGGGAGACGCUCCAGAGCAUCUCAGAAAUUUCCAGUGCCUGGACCGGGAUGUAUCUCGUAAUGUUUUAACCAAAUAUGCUGCUGAAAGUUUACAAGUAAAUCCUUCCUACAAGCUUACAGAGAUAGACUGGACAGUAAGAUUAGCACAUCACUAUUUUUCCAGACUGUCAGCAACAUCUUCAUAUACAUUGGAUAACCAUCAUCAUGCAGAGAAGUUGUUUUGUGAUUGUGGAUGUGGAGAAAGCAUCAUUGAGCACUAUGGAGAUACAAGUUUAGGGAAUGGUGCUGGUUGGCAUGGAUACGUUGACAUUCUGAUUGGUAAUUCUGAAUUGCCAGUUGUCAUACAAGGAGAAUCACCAGUCUCACCAGGCAGAAGACAUUCUACAGACGUGAAAAAAAAUUACUUGGGCUCUGAUCCUGAUCAAGCAUUAGCAUGGACAAUUGUGUUUUCCUUCCUACAAAAGAAGCUCCAUCCUGAAUAUAAAAAUUUCUUAAUACCUUGCAUUGCUGCCUCGAAGAAAGACAUUUGCUUUUAUUUUUACGACAGCAAACAUGAUAUUUUGCUGGAAAGUCCAGCAUUUCCGAUUUUCAACCCAGACAAAAGUUUAAAUAAACUGACACUUUUGGCAACAUGGUGUGUUGUCAACUACAAAUAUCUGUGUUCAGGUAUAACAGACACUAUGAUGGAAAAUGACUAUAAAGCAGAGUUCUUCAAACAUGCGAGUGCAAGAAUUAGCAUUUAUCGGGACAGUUUGUCAAUUAGUCGUGGUUUCGAAACUGUUAAAAGAACCCGGCUGGAGCCAUGGCAUAUGAAAUGUGAAGUUACACAUGGAAAACCAGUGGAUGAGGAACAAAUUUAGAAAUUUGACUUGCAUGUACAUGCAGUUUAGUUUGAGGCAGACAAUGUAUGAUGUUGAUCUUGCAUAUCUGGUGAAAACUUUAAGGAUCUUUGCCAAAAUUUUAUCAAGCAUGCACUUUGCAGACAGCCUCCAAAUAUUGUAACUUACUAUUGUUGUUCAAAAUUUUUCUGACUGCAGAGCAAUUUCAUCUUUGUGGUCAGUCAACAUUUGUACAGCUAUUAAUAGGUUGACUGUUUAAUGAAUAGUUGAGCUUUUGUAAUCCUUUUUAGCUUUUGUGAUCGCCCGUAGUCCGUCCAUCGUCCGUCCACAAUUUCCUUGUGAAAACGAUAGAGACCACAUUUUAUAUUUGAUUUUAAUCAAACUUGCACUCAACUUGUAUGGGCAUAAUAUCUCAGUUCUUUCGAAAACUGGCCAGAUGCCAUCAGGGGUUCCAGAGUUAUGGCCCCUUAAAGGGCCAAAAUUUGCUAUUUUUUGCUUGUGAACACGAUAGAGACAAAAUUUUGCAAUCAACUUUAAUCAAACUUGCACACAACUUGUAUUGGCAUAAUAUCUCGGUUCCUUUCGAAAACUGGCCAGAUCCCAUCAUGGGUUCCAGAGUUAUGGCCCCUUAAAGGUCCAAAAUUUGCUAUUUUGGCCUUUGCAGCCAUAUAGAGACUUCAUUUAUGGUUUGAUUUGAUACAAACUUGCAAAAAAUCUUCAACAACAAUAAAUCUUGGAUUCUGUGAUGAAUCUGUCAGAUCCAAUCAUAGGUUCUAGAGUUAUUUUAUAUCUGAUUACCUCCCCUGAUUUUAAUCAAAAUUGAUUUAUAUCAGGUACUUAUAGGACUCAUUUGAAAUUUCAUUAUCAUCAUUAUUUUGACUCAGACAAUCAGGGCAGAUAACUAUGGACUGGUUUUAUGUCAAAUUACCUCCCUUUAUUUCAAAUUAAAAUGGGUAUAUCUCCAUAACUAAUGAAGAUACUGAUCUGAAAUUUCAUUUAUGCCAUCAGAUAGACUUGGACAAUCAGUGAAGAUACAUAUUGACUGAAUUUAUGACAAAUUACCUCCCUUUAUUUUUUAUGUAAAUGAAUAUACCUAGCAGCUUCUAAUGAGAUUGGUUUGAAACGUUAUUUACGUCUUCCAUGGCAAGAAAUUUCUACUUUUACUGACUUUUCUAAUAUAUUGUUGCAAAGGCUUGUACUCUGUAUCUUCUACAUGCAUAUACCAAUGCAUGAUUACCUCCCCUGAUUUUAAUAAGAAUGGAUUUAUCUCAGUAAGUAUUUAUAGGACUCAUUUGAAAUUUCAUUAUUGUCUUUAGUUGGACAGAGACAAUCAGGGUAGAUAACUAUGGUAUGAUUUUAUGUCAAAUUACCUCCUUUUGUUUCAAAUUAAAGUGGGUGUAUCUCAGUAACCAAUGAAGAUACUGAUUUGAAAUGUCAUUUAUGCCAUCAGAUGGACUCGGACAAUCAGGGUAGAUAACUUUUGACUGAAUUUAUGACAAAUUACCUCCCUUUAUUUUAUGUAAAUGAAUAUACCUCAGCAGGAUCUAAUGAGAUUGGUUUUAAAUGUUAUUUAAGUCUUCCAGGGUAAGGAAAAGUCAUGCUAGUACAAAAAUGCAGCAUUUGAACCUAGGACCCUCAAACUUGGUAUGGAGAUUGGCCCUGACUAGUAUGUGACCCAUAGGUCAAAAGGGACUGUUACAAGAAAAUAUUUAUCCUGAUGAUAUUUAAUGUGUAUGCCUAUGUGAUCUAUGUCAAAACUUGAUCUUAUCAUUAAGAGCAAUGGUACUCAGAUGAGCGAUAUAGGGCCAUCAUGGCCCUCUUACUGUAAUUUGUCAGAGGACAAUAAACUUGUGUUUCUUUUCACUAAUUGAAUUUCUCACCUAUUUGAAUAUUUGCCAAACUCUUGUUUCAGUAUUCUUAUUUCAUAACGGAAAUAAUAUUUAUCUCUGUAUAGUGAUUACGUAACAAAUAAUCAAGGCCUUCGAGUGGUUUAUCAUCUAAUUUACCACGGUUCAGAGUUCAGAUGUGUAGGAAUUAAAUACUGAAGCAUCUGAACGAUGAACCGUGGUAAAUUAGACGUGUUAUGUAUAUGUCAUUCCCCUUUACUUUAUUGACGAGUCAUUGUCUACCUAUUUAGUUUUGAGACAUCAUGUAAAUAAGUUCUUUUAUUUUCUACUAUGUUCCAGAAUAUUCUACUACAGUACUGAUAAACAGUGUGUAACAACUAUUUUUAGAAAGGAUUGACCUUGAUUUUUCCAGAAUGUUCUUUUUAUUCUUAGUGUUACAUGAACGUUCUGGAACCUUCCAUGAUACAUUAAAUAGGGUGUUGUCUGACACCAGGCCAGAACUUAAGAGUUACAGAAUUAUUGAAAACUUUCCUGUAUUUCUUAAUAACAAAAUAUUACCAGUUUGGAUAUUAACAUUUGAAGGAUUUACAUUAAAAUUGUGGAUUUAAAAGGUUAUCUUUGAAGAAAGGAUUUAUUCAUUCUUUUGAUAUGCUAAAUUCAAUUUUGAACAGUUGUGAGAGGAUUUGGACUGUUUUUACAUAUAAAAUUGGAUUUUACGGCUAUUUGACAUUUUUAAAGGUAUUUGAAUUGUUACUUUCAUGAAUAAAAUUUUGUUUUGUUAAUAGUUGCUGCUUUGUUUUUCUGUUAUUUUUAUUUACUGUUACAAGAAAUUGACAUGACAAACGAUAAAUCACAAGAAGGCCUUGAUUGUUUUCAUUCUGACAUGCUCAUUGACAUAUUUUAAUAAAUAUUACGUUGGACUUCAUUUACCGGAGGAUUAAUGUAUCAGACGUCAUGCAGCAAUUUGACGUCUUAAUGUUCUCUUACCGGUCCACGCGUCAAGCAUUGUUUAUCGCAGAAUAUACAAUGCUUGAUUUUCUUCUUUGUUUAACUGGAAAUCAAAUCGAGUCAUGUUAGAAUUUUUCUUUAAUUAUAGUCUUUUUUCUAUAGUAAUCAAAGGAGUAGCAGCUCAUCAAGUUGCCAGUGAUCAAAUCUGGUUGAUUAUUGAUUUUCUAGUACCAGUUAUUGAUUUUCUAAUACCAAUUAUUGAUUUUCUAGUCCCAUUUUGGGGGAAGUUACGCCUCAAUGCACUCUAAAUUUUCAGUUGAUGGUGUUUAAGACCAAACAGUUUGAAACUUAAUCAUCCCCUCAAAAAUAAAGUUCAAAAGAAAAGAACACAAAAAUAAAGUGUCAUGCUCUUCAUAAAACAUCAGUUUCCACAAUAAUUUAGUUUACAUUUUGUGUACCAGUACCAGACUAUGUUUGUCGUAAUUCUGAGGUAAAAGAGUAACUGUCAGCUGUAUUUCAUGUUUUAAAUACACGAAAAUAAUUCCAUACAUGGAUGUCCCGAAUGAAUUACUAAUAAUAAAGUAGUUCAUGGUUACAUCACUGACUGUAUUCAAGCAGACCUUUAGAUUAUGUAAGUUUCUGUUUAAUGUGAGGUCUGUUUAGAUCUCAGAUAUAUUUGUUAUCCAUUUCAAAGUAAAUAUAUCUGUAGGCACUGUGCACAUGUUUUUGUUAUCACACCCUUUGAUAAUAUUUGUAUAUUGUGGCAUUCAGUUUGUUACAAAUAGAUCUUGAUUAUUAGUAGUGCAGACUUUAAGUGAGAUAUUCCUUAAGCAGAUGUACAGUAUGGAUUUACCAUUGUGAAGCUGUUUGUUUUUUUAAAAAUAUUUUCUUCAUCUCAAACUUCAUUGUUUGUAUCUUGCUUUUCUUUCGACAAAAUAUUUCUUGAGAUGAAAGGUUCUAUUUACAUGGUAUGCGGCAUUUGUUUACAAGCAGUCCAUGUAGUUAUUCUCUGCUUAACCCGUCUGUUAUCUAGAUCUAUUAAGGCACGCAAACAUCAGCAUAAACAGAAACAAAAUAUUCAAAAACCCACGAUAUCAUUGCUCCAUAGCUGAAAUUAACUUGUGCCUUAGAGCCAAAUAUCCAUUCAGUUUCUUAUGUAAGAUUUGUUUUAGCUGUUUUACGAUAUGAUUAGCAAUUGCGCCUUUAAUACUACCUAUGUCAUGCUUAUCUUGUAACAAAACAUUUGUAUUACCUCUCAAACUAAAGGUUAAAAUAUAAGCUUUUAUGCACUAUUUUUCAAAGUAUUAUUAACUAUUAAAACAUUUAAGCGAA